CACCACCACCACACACGCACCGCACAUCGCACCCUCGCGCAGCACACGCCGUCUGCACUUCUCCGUCUCACGUACACGUGCGCCUGCCGCAGAGCACGACGCGCUGGCGUCUCGUUGUGCGGCGGAGCAUCACACCCAGCAUCAUCGCUGUGCCUCAGCCGCCAGCAGCUGGCGUUCCGACCCGUACUCAGACGAGGCCCCUGCAUUGGUCUGGCCCUUAGCUGCGGAGCACAGGCGUAACAUCUGAUAGUCCGACAGCUCCUGCGAGCCCGUGCUCAGCAUGUCGCAGCACUCGCGGCAUCCCAGCGACCGCAUCGGCAGCGACCGGCCGGACAGUCCGGGCCCCAGCUCGGGCCAUGAUGGGCGUGCGCCGGGCUCGGACACGCCCGACCGGCGCCAGAGCUCGCGCGAGCGCUCGUCGCGCAGCUCGGGCGGCAGCCGGCCGCAGUCGUCGGGCGCGCCCAAGAAGCCGCCGGUGCGCAUCGGGCAGUACACGCUGCAGCAGACGCUCGGCACGGGCAGCUUCGGCAAGGUCAAGCUGGCUACGCACUCUAUCACCGGACACCGCGUGGCGAUGAAGAUCAUCAAUCGGCGGAAGAUCUCGUCGAUGGACAUGGGCGGACGCGUGAAGCGUGAGAUCCAGUACCUGAAGCUUCUGCGCCAUCCACACAUCAUCAAGCUGUACGAGGUCAUCACGACGCCCAGCGACAUCAUCAUGGUCAUUGAGUACGCCGGCGGCGAGCUGUUCCAGUACAUCGUCGACCGGGGCCGCAUGUCCGAGGACGAGGCACGGCGCUUCUUCCAGCAGAUCAUCUGUGCCAUCGAAUACACGCACCGGCACAAGAUCGUGCACCGCGACCUCAAGCCGGAGAACCUCCUGCUCGACGAGUUCCUCAACGUCAAGAUCGGCGACUUUGGCCUGUCGAACAUCAUGACCGAUGGCGACUUCCUCAAGACGAGCUGCGGCAGUCCGAACUACGCGGCACCAGAGGUGAUUUCCGGCAAGCUCUAUGCCGGCCCCGAGAUCGACAUCUGGAGCUGCGGCGUGAUCCUGUAUGUGAUGCUGUGCGGACGCCUGCCGUUCGACGACGAGUACAUCCCGACGCUGUUCAAGAAGAUCAACGGCGGCAUCUACUCGCUGCCGUCAUAUCUGUCGGCCGAGGCGAAGCACCUGCUGUCCUGCAUGCUCGUCGUUGAUCCCGUCAAGCGCAUCACCAUCGCCGAGAUUCGCCAGCUGCCCUGGUUCAAGCAGAACCUGCCAGCGUACUUGCGCCCUCUGCCGCCAACGCCUGCCGCGGAGUCGCCGGGCUUCGACUUCAUGAUGUCGCGCUCUGCGGAUCCCUCACCAGAAGGCAGCGAAGGCGCCACACCAGAGCCGGGCGAUGCCCUCUCUACGCCGGACCUGGGGCACUUGGAGGAGGAGAUUGUGGAGGAGCUGGCCGGCAAGAUGGUCGGCUUCACGCGCGAGGACGUCGUGCAGCACCUGAUGGACCCGAGCGACAACCAGGUCAAGGUGGCCUACCAGCUUGUGCGCGACCACAAGCGCAUGCUGCAGACGGCGCACCUCGAUGAGCAGAAAGAGAUGCAGGGCUUCCUCGCGCAGAGUCCGCCGGCGUGGAAUGCGGGCCUCUCCGAGCUGGGUCGCUCGACGAGCAUCAAGCGGCAGGGUCGCAGUGCGCCGCCGCAACCUGUGGACGGCAACGUCACGGACGAGCCGGACCACAGCGUUAUCCUCGAUGGCAACGCGACCGACGACGCCGCCGAGACCUCCGACGACGGCGGCACGCUGCUCAGCGACGAGGACGCCACAGACGACGACCUGGCAGAGUCCGCCACGCCAGUGCACUCCGGCAUCGGCGUGCUCGAGACGAGCCUGCUGCGAGGCAACGUCGGCCCAGCCGGCGGCGCGCCGCCGGAGCCCGCGCCGGCGCCCGCCGCUCCGCAGCGCAAGCCGCGCUCGCGCUGGCACUUUGGCAUCCGCAGCCGCAGCCCGCCGAUGGAGAUUAUGCUCGAGCUCUACCGCACGCUGCAGGUGCUCGGCAUGGAGUGGCGUGCGCCGUCCGAGACUCAGCCGUCGAAGGGCGACAAGGCGGCGGGCGAGAGCGAGGACGCGGCCAAGGGCGACGACCUCUUCUUCAUCGAGACGCGGUGGAAGGUGCAGAACGUCAUCGUCCGAAUGAACCUGCAGCUCUACCGCGUCGACGACUCGAACUACCUCGUCGACUUCCGCAACGUCGGCUACGUGCGCCUGCCGCCGGCCGCACCCGAGAGCAGCGGCGUCGAUGCCGAUGCGCUCGGCGCCACGCUCGAGCAGGCGUAUCAGGAAUCGUCGCAGGGCGGCGCUGCCUCUGGCGCUGCGGCACCCAAGGGCCCGAGCCUGACGCCGCCCGUGCCCGAGGGACGCAAGGACGUGUCUAGUCCGUUCCUCUUCCUCGAGUGCGCCACGCGUCUCAUCGUCGAGCUGGCUGGCGGCGGAUGAACGUUGCCCGACGAUAGUGUGCGCCUCGCUCUCUGACCUUUCCAUUUCACUCCCUCUCUCGCAUGUACAACACUCUGGCCGCCGCUGCAUCUGUUACAACCUCCUUCACAC